AUGUUGGACGAUAUGUCAUUUACGGAAUCGAAGCUUUAUAUCUUGGACACCUUAAGCGCUUUAAUUGAAAGGUGUAACCCACUCAUUGAUGAGCAAACAUUGGUGGCCAUUCUUCAGAUUGUGCCAUCAUAUUGGGAAAGUUCAAAGAAGAACGACGAAGCUAUUUUGCAAUCUUCUUUACUUAGAGUUCUCAAGCAAUUGGUUAUUGCCUUAAACCAGAAUUCAUCGCAAACUCAUUUCAUCACGCUUCCAUUGAUUAAAGCAUGUUGCACACAAUCAUCCGAACAUUACUCCCUUCUUUCUGAAGAUGGAUUCGACCUUUGGUUAGCGGUCGUUCAAUAUUUCCCUACGAACGCAGAAGCAACUGAUACUUUGAUCGAUCUUUUCACGCUUUUGCACCCUGCCUUGAUGGAUGCAACUGAAAUUCUCCCUACAAUUUUGUCCAUAGCAAGAAGCUACAGUUUGUUAGCCCCUAAGGUUUUUGAAACUGAAGCUGGUCUCGAAUCCUUCAGGGUGAUGUCAGGUUAUUUGCCAAAGAUGCGUGAUGAUGCCUUUGAUGUUUUUAUCACCUUAGCAGAUAUACUUUUUUUGCAAGAUACUAAGAACGACCAGCUCAUGAACGCUUUCAUCAACAGUGGCUUGUUCAAUGCGAUGGUCGCAUACGUCCUCGACGAGGACCAUAGUAUUGUACUUGCAAAUAAGAUCUUGUUGGUCCUUUCAAGACUUGCAACCAAAUCAGCAGAAGCGUUCUUGAACGUCAUGCAGCAUCUCCAGAUCAAUUCGGCGCAUUUCAUUGAAAUUUGGAUGAAGUAUUAUAAGAACAACGGAAAUCCAAGAAACAAGAAGGUCAACUUACUUGCUUUGGUUUCAGUAGCAACAUAUUGCGUUUCAAAGAACUUACAUGGAAUGCCUGAAAAAUUUGGAGAGCUUCUCAGAAACUGUUUCUUGUUCCUAGAAGAAGUCAACGAGGACACAUCUGGAAAUUGCCAGGUAUACGAGGGAGACUAUAUCUACAGUGAUGUGGAUAACUACGCAUAUCUCGAUCCUGAUAUUGCUCCACACGGUGAGAAAGUCAGAUACCAAAGACUUCUCGAAAGCACAGACCCUGUUUUAAAGAUCAAAAUGCGCCAAUACUUGAAAGACGCUCUUCUCCAGAUCCGGAGUGAGCUUAGCGAGAACGACUUCAUCACCUUAAUAUCGCUCAACGACCAAUCUGGCGCUUCGCUUUUGACCAGAAAUGGUAUUAUGCGUAGCGCUCUUGCUCCUACAAGACUCUACAGCCAGGAUUUCAGACAGCCUUCGGAAGAGGACAUCAAGAGAGCCCGUGACAAUUAUGAGAGAUAUCAGCAGCAAAAUGAAGAUAAGUUCAAGUUGAGAAACAGAUCUGCUGCUUACUAUUCGGCUUCUGUGGUUAUGCUCUUUUUGGGUCUCGCUUGCGUGGCUGUUCCAUUCUACAGAUACCUUUGUAGGAGAACCGGAUGGGACGGUACCCCAAUUACCGAUGCCAAAAUGUUUACUGCUGACCAUGUGAUUCCAGUGGAUACCAACAAACGUAUCAAAGUUUCCUUCACGUGUCAAGCGUCGGGUAUCUUACCAUGGAAGUUCACGCCGUUGCAGAAGGAGGUGUACAUUGUGCCAGGUGAAACUGCUCUUGUGUUUUACAGAGCAAAGAAUAUGUCCAAGGAAGACAUUGUUGGUAUGGCCACGUACACUGUGACCCCAGGCACUGUUGCAGCAUACUUUAACAAGAUCCAGUGUUUCUGUUUUGAAGAGCAGAGGCUCGCAGCUGGCGAAGAAGUCGACAUGCCCGUUUUCUUCUUUAUUGACCCAGACUUUACCAAGGACCCAUCUAUGAAAAACAUAGACGAUGUUGUGUUGAACUACUCGUUCUUCAAGGCCUCAUACCAGGACGGCGAGUUGGCGCCUAUUCCAAUGCCCAAUGUGGAAUUGAAGGCCACUCAACACGGCAUAAAGAGAGAAAAGCUAUCCGAAGCAGCCAAAAAGGCCAAGCUUGAGAAAGACCGGGUGAAAAUUAAGCAUUACAGAAGACUUACAGCGAAGUGCCUUAAUGAUAAAAAGAACAAGGUCUAUAACAAGGAUACAUUCAGCGAAACCACCACGCUUCUAGACCUCAAUCCCGAGUUCAAUGCCAUCUGGAACUACAGAAGGAACAUUCUCACCCUGCUUUUCGCCAGUGGCGAGUUCAACAAGAAGAAGGCUUUGGAGGAUGAUCUAGGUAUGGUUAUGCAGAUGCUCAAGCGGUUCCCCAAGUGCUACUGGAUCUGGAACCAUCGUUACUGGUGCCUAGCCCAGCUCCUGGAAGACAACGAAGCCAAUUGGAAAUUUGAACUUGCCAUCGUCCAGAAACUCCUAGAGAUGGAUAGCAGGAACUUCCAUGGGUGGCACUACAGGCGAUACGUGGUGGAAAAUAUGGAAACACUGGCCAAACAAGCUGCACAGGGAGACAAGAAAGCUGAACUUCUUGCUGAGUUAAAAAUCGACUUGAUGGAUUUCCAGUAUACCACAGAGAAGAUCAACAAGAACCUCUCGAACUUCAGCGCGUGGCACAACAGGUCCAACCUUAUACCGAAGAUAUUCAAGGAGCUUGAAAAUGUGGAUGAUUUGACGCCACUCAAAGAGUAUGAAAAGCUUCUUCAAGUGUUCGACUCUCCUUCGUCCCUUUUCAAGCAUGACCUCCAAUUGCUCAAAACAGGUAUUUACAUGGAUGCAGACGAUACGUCCGUGUGGCUGUACAUGCACUGGCUCGUAAGCGAAGACAUAUUCGUAAAAGAUCUCAAAGCCAAGAAAGAGUUUGAAGGCUCCAUCCAGCAACUUCUCCAAGACGUCGAGGAACUUAACGAACUUGAAAAAGAAGAUAGCCCCAAAGGAAACGAUAACAUAUGGUGUCUUAAAACCAUCGUCGUUUUGCAGGCACUCUUGGAGGACAACGCCGAUCUUCUCCUCAACAAAGUAAGUGCCCAACUCAACCGCCUCAUUGAAUUGGAUCCACUUAGAAAGGGCCAUUACAAGGACCAGCUUGCAGGUGAGGCGCCCCUCAUUUAG